AAAAGGCCAAUGGGUGGCCCUUUCCCGGGAUGGUGGAGCCGCCCAUGGCCAGGGCCCGGACCAGGGCCAGCCCUCAGCCCUGACGAUUUUCACCCCCUUUACCCACGGGGUCCAGCCGGGGCCCCAAAGACCCCCCGCCCCAACUCCAGCAAUCGCUACCCCCCCGCAAGCAGGCUGAGGAGGGCCAUCACGGGGGCCCCUCCUCUCGGAAGUAUGACUCCUUUUGACCUCCAGGACAAACAGGUGGAAAUGCUGGAACGUAAAUAUGGUGGACGAUUCAUAACUCGGCAUGCGGCCCGCACCAUCCAGACAGCCUUCCGGCAGUAUCAGAUGAACAAGAACUUUGAACGUCUCAGAAGCUCUAUGUCUGAGAACCGUAUGUCCAGACGCAUUGUUCUCUCCAACAUGAGGAUGCAGCUCUCGUUUGAGGGCCCCGAGAAAGUGCACAGCUCCUACUUUGAAGGGAGACAGGUGUCCAUGACAGAGGAUGGCACCCCGCUGUCCAUGGUGAAGUCUGAAUGUGGAGAUAUAGAGGUCCACCAACAGUCCAACAUGGCACCUCACCAAGCCCCACAAGGCGACCUGACAGAUGCCAUCACGGAGCUGGAGGACGCCUUUUCCAGGCAGGUGAAAUCUCUGGCUGAGUCGAUAGAUGAUGCACUGAACUGUCGCAGCCUUCAGGGCGAUGAGGGUCCUGACCCAGAGACCAUGGGCUGCUCCAAGGUGGAAAGGGAAGUGCCCUAUCAAGUGAAGUCCCACCGCAGGGCAGCUGGACGAAUGCACGACGAAACAUUGGCAUCCUAUAGCGAUGUCACUCUGUUCAUCGAUGAGGAGGACAUGUCCCCCUCUAUUGCUCUGUCGAGAUCAGGGGACCAGCCCUCCAGCACAGAAUCAGACUUGCGGUUGCGGUCAGUCAACUCGUCCCAGGACUACUGGCCUAUUGACCCCAAAGAUGAGGGUCGUGACACAGACACGAGCUGCCGCAGCACUCCUUCUCUAGAGUGCCAAGAGCAGCGACUUAGAAUGGACCAUCUUCCUUUGUUGACCAUAGAACCUCCUAGUGACAGCUCUGCAGAGCUCAGUGACCGGUCUGACCGGGGCUCUGUCAAACGGCCGCCUGUGUAUGAACCGCACAGCCACAUUGUAACGUCAUCCCAGGCGAGCCCUAAACACAUUUCCCACGGACCCCCGCCCCGAGCUUCCUCCCGCGACGAUGAGCCACCUCUGCGCCACCGCCAGCGGCAGCUGGAAAGCCACUUAGCCAUCAACGGCUCAGCCAACAGACAGAGCAAGUCCGAAUCGGACUUCUCGGACGGGGACAACGACAGCAUCAACAGCACAUCCAACUCUAACGACACCAUCAACUGCAGCUCCGAGUCCUCGUCGAGAGACAGCCUUCGAGAGCAGACGCUCAGCAAGCAGACUUACCACAAAGAGACUCGCAACAGCUGGGACUCGCCCAUCUUCAGUAAUGAUGUUAUUCGCAAGAGACACUACCGGAUCGGCCUGAAUCUCUUCAACAAGAAGCCGGAAAAGGGUAUCCAGUACCUGACUGAGAGGGGAUUCAUCCCUGACACACCGGUUGGUGUGGCUCACUUCCUGCUGCAGAGGAAGGGGCUGAGCCGGCAGAUGAUUGGAGAAUUUCUCGGCAAUCGACAAAAACAGUUCAACAGAGAUGUCUUGGACUGCGUGGUAGAUGAAAUGGACUUCCAGAGUAUGGAGCUGGACGAGGCUCUCAGGAAAUUUCAGAAUCAUAUCCGUGUUCAGGGUGAAGCCCAGAAGGUAGAGCGGCUCAUCGAAGCUUUCAGCCAGCGCUACUGCAUCUGUAACCCUACAGUGGUGCGGCAGUUCAGGAACCCUGACACAAUCUUCAUCCUGGCAUUCGCCAUCAUCCUCCUCAACACUGACAUGUACAGCCCCAACGUCAAGCCCGAGAGGAAGAUGAAGAUGGAGGACUUUAUAAAGAAUUUAAGAGGUGUUGAUGAUGGGGAAGAUAUCCCUAGGGAGACUCUGGUAGGCAUCUAUGAGAGGAUCCGUAAGAGAGAGCUCAAGACCAACGAAGACCACGUCUCGCAGGUGCAGAAAGUUGAGAAGCUCAUUGUGGGAAAGAAACCAAUUGGAUCACUCCACCACGGCCUGGGAUGUGUGCUGUCGCUGCCCCAUCGCCGGCUGGUGUGUUACUGCCGUCUGUUUGAAGUGCCAGAUCCCAACAAGCUCCAGAAGCUGGGCCUGCAUCAGCGGGAGAUCUUCCUGUUCAAUGACCUGCUAGUGGUGACUAAGAUUUUCCAGAAAAAGAAGAACUCGGUGACGUACAGCUUCAGACAGUCCUUUUCUCUGUAUGGAAUGCAAGUCAUUCUGUUUGAAAAUCAGUAUUACCCAAAUGGAAUCAGACUUACAUCAGUGAUUCCAGGUGCGGACAUCAAAGUCCUCAUCAACUUUAACGCACCCAACCCCCAGGACCGUAAGAAGUUCACAGACGACCUACGAGAGUCCAUUGCCGAGGUCCAGGAAAUGGAGAAAUACAGAAUAGAGUCUGAGCUGGAGAAGCAGAAGGGGGUGGUGAGGCCCAGCAUGUCGCAGAGCUCCGGUCUGAAGAAGGAAGCUGGCAACGGGAACAUGAACCGCGCAAGUCUGGAUGACACCUACACCAUGGGCGAGGGCCUGAAGAGAAGCGCCCUCAGCAGCUCCCUGCGAGACCUCUCUGAAGCAGGGGUCCAUCAUUAGCAGUCCACACACACGCCGGAGAGCCACCACGCCACGUGAGAGCGCACCCCGCGGGCAACCCUCCGUCCCUAACUCAGCAUCGACUUCCAUCCUUGGGUCGCUCUUUGGCAGCAAGCGAGGCAAACCGUCAUCCCAGAGCCACUCCCCUUUCCCUCAACCUGGUCAACCCACUCUCAUUUCCCACAAGCCCCACCCGACCAACCUGCACCACACAGCACAGGUAGCAAAUACGGUGCAACUCCACGGCCACCAUU